UGUGAUUUUGCCAUCGUAUUUUUUGUCAUCAACAUAAAAGCAACGUUUUGUGUUCAAUUUGAAAAAAGAAAAAAAGAAAAAGUUAAUUCAACGUCCAGAAAUCAAUGCGUGAAGUUCUCGGCGAGUUCGUGCUGACGGAAAGACAUUGUGAAUCUUCGUGGAGGGGCAAAACAAAAAAGCGAGAGGAUUAUUUUAUUCGAUAUAGUGUUGAGUUGUCGCUUCCGGCGAUCCCGUUUAAGAAAAAAAAGGAAUCGAAAUUUUAAAACCACAUCCCAUCAUCCGUACAGUAAAUGCCGGUUGUGGUGCUGUACACUACCAGGUCCUCUUGAUUUGGAUUGUUGGCACAUCCGGAAAUUCUUUGAUUGGAUUUUGGUUUGAUUAUUAUCAAUCAGGAUCAUCUAAAUUUGGUGAAUUUUUUGGUUUUUUGGAGCGGAUUCAGUUACCGGAACUCGAAUGACAUCCGGCUGGCUCUUGUGAAUGACUAAACGCAACACACGUGGUUCAGUGUCUGUGUGAGUGGGCGGUGGCGAUUGCACGCAAUUUCACGUCGACACACAAGUGCCAUCGGUUUUUUCUCAAUUCGAUUGUCAAGCGGAAAAAAAGGGGGUGAGGGGGGAAUUAGCAUACGGAAGAAUUGCGCGUCGAGAGAAAUGUUUGUUUCUUUUGAAAUGAUUCGCAGAAGAAAAACGGGAUAUAAUUGAAGUUCCAUCGUGUCGUAUCGCGCCGUCGUCAUUGGCAGUCCUCGUUUGAUUUAUCGACGACUGGAAAUGAGUUGGGAAAUUUGGAUUGAUAAAAUAAAAACGAGAAGAAACAGUUCCGAGUGAUGUGAAAAACAUAAACACGCAAUCUCGUUGCAUUACCUCUUUGACCCCAGAUGAAGGACCGCCACGUCUAUUUGAUACUUCGACAGCUACUGCCACUCCUCGGCAGUGGUGGUAGCAUCGUUGAUAGGUUCAUCAUUUGAUUCCGAUUCUUAAAUUAUUAGUCGGCUGAAUUGAUCCCCCCCCCCUUACAAAAGAAAGAGGAGAACUUUGUUGGUCUCUUUACUUCCGUGUUUUGUGCGCAAACUAUGACGACGCAAGAUUGGACUAGAAUGUUGAAAAGCUUCCGCACCAAAACUUACCGCAAUCUACCAACAGUUGAAGAUCGGAAGGCCGGAUCCGCUUUAAACGACACUCGAUCGUCGUCCGUAGGCUUAUGCGACGAUGUCGGAGAAAUUGAAGACGACAUUGACGAUGGCAUCUGCCGUUUAGGGCCGUCAGACAUAAAAUCAACAGCGUCGGACGUCGAAGCGAUUAUCAAGAAAGGUACGUUAUUGCCUACGGACUGGACAUUGAGCCAGCGAGUGACGUAUAGGGGCGGAGGGCGCAACGAUCCAACAACAACCGCCGGUAAAAGUAACAAUCAUCAAAGUAUUGGCUGCCAAGAGAAAAAAAGUGGCGGCGGCGGCGGUGGUGGUGGUGGCGGCGGCGGCGGAGGCGGAGGCGAAGGAGCCGAAGACAAGCUGCUAGCGGUAAGAGGUCGGAGUGCCUCUGAACCGUCGUUCCUUUCGGCCAGCCGAGCCGUCAAGGUGCGCGUCUCUUCUCCCGCCAAUAACCCAUCGUCAUACACACCACCGACCGUCAAAGAGAUCAGCAGCAUUACGGGGCUGCAACAGCAAAUCAAGGCGGCCUUUGGCCGUUGGCGAAAAAGAGGAACUCCGUCGUCGCCGUCUUCAUCCGCAUUAGAGGAGGAGGUGGGCGGUCCCAUCCGGGAGGAUUGCUUUGAUCAUCCGCUCAACGUCCGCCUGUCGGCGCAGAGUCAGACAUUUUCGCACCCGCACCGGCUGACCGUCUUUCCGCCUUUCCCUUCCGGCGGCGCCUCACCCUCCUCCUCGGCCAACGUUUCGCCGGCCAGAAGUAAGAAAUCGUCUGUUUUCAAUACCUCGACCACUCCCUCCAGCGCUGCUGGUGGCGGUGGCAAUUCGAAAUCCGGCGGCAGUCAUCCGUUCUCGUUCGUCCGCGGAUUGCGCAAGCGAAGGGCAACCAGGGCGGGAGAGGCGUCCGAAGCGCAAUCCAAUCAGCAGCAUCGCAAUCUGACGGAUCUCUGCUCGGAUCGUUUGCGGUCGCGAACGGCGGCAGAGAGCGGCUGGCCGAACUGCACGACUCGUUUAGCUGGCCAGGAUCAUUUCGCUCCGUUCGGACCAUUGACGGCCAAAUCGAGGAGCGACCACAGUUUGCACCGGAUCCUCAAGGAAGACAACACCUGGACCGUCUUUGCCACUCUUCGCCCACCUUCAGAUAAAGGAGGUUCACUGUCGAAGGGGACGACAGCCUGGACGUUUGGUCUCUUUAGCGAUCCGGCAUCGCAGUCGUCGCAUCAGCGACGACAAACGUCGACUCCCUCUGUUGGAAAAUCGACCAAAAGCAAAGCGGCUUCCGUCGCUCCGUCGCCGGAACUCGUCCAUCGGGCGUUCACCCCUUGCUUCUCGACUGGAACGCCAUCGGGGCUCGUUCUACCGUCGGGUGGUGGAUUAUUCGGACGUAACGAGAGGAGGACGCGAUCGCUGGAGCGGUGCUCGCAACAGCGCGUCCGCGGUUCAGGUGCUGCCGCCGCUGCUGCUUCUUCCGCUGCCGGUGCUAGUUGGGGCUACGGUUCGGCCACCGCCCAGACCAAAGCUCCGCCGCCCAUUCCGUCUCGAGUCCGUUCACGGUCGCUCGAAAAGAACUACACAAUCUCUACGACCACGCCCCAUUGCAACAGAUUGUCGGCUGCGGCAGUAGUCAACAACGCGACAGCGGCCCAUUCGACAAGUGGUUCCAGCCCAGCUGCCAAUAGCGGCGGCGUAGGCUGCAUCGGCACUCCGCUCUUGCCCGUCAGGCGGAACAACGUGCCGCCCGAAGUGUUGGCCACGUGGUGCACGUUCAACGAAGCGUUUGGAGGCGGACGGCCCAGACAUCAGCAUCGCCUUCCCAGCGAGCCGUUGACGGUCAACGACGAAAGGGACUCGCCCGGUUCGCCCGUCUUCGAGGAACUCUUUCUGCCUCCGCCGCAGAAAUUCGCAGCUCUUCCUCCGCCAAUCGUAACAGCCGCCAAUCCGACCGUCGCCGAGCUCGUCAACAACAAUAACAAUAAUAAACGCAACAGCGUCUCUGCUGCCAGUUGUUGUUGUUGCAGCAGUUGCAGCGGCGGCCACAGCCAAAGUAGCGCCGGCGUGAGUUGCAGUUCCAAAUCGACGCCCAGGUCGUCGCCCGUCCCGCCGACUCACUUGCCCGAGACGGUCUUGUACGGCACGAGGGAAGCGCCCGUACUGGAACGCCACUGCGUCGAAGGCGGUGAAUUCAUCAUCGCUUGGCUCUCUCAUUCCAACGGUUCCAGCCAGCAGCAGCAGCAGCAGCAGCAGCAAGCUAAUCCUUCAUCCGGCGGCAAUCGAGUGGGUGCGGCUGCCCUUGUUUCUCCGCCGUCCGUACCGCUGACGUCAGCCGAAAUGCAGUCGUCCACCUCGUCGAGCCAUUCGGCAACAGCCGCCACCGGCGGCAAUCAGGGCGUUGGUGCGGCCAGCAGCAACGGCAGCAAUCGGAGUUUCAUCAACAAACCGGCACGCGGAUGGCUCCAUUCCGAUGCCGUGAUUGUUCGUGAAGGCAUCACCUAUUUCGUCCGAUAUAUCGGAUGUCUGGAAGUCAACACGUCUAUGAAGAGCCUGGAUUUCGACACGCGCUCCCAAAUUGCCAAAGAAUGCAUCAACAUUGUUUGCGAAACAGCCGGUCUCAAAACGGUCGACAAGAAGCGCAAGGUCGACCGACGGAUCCAGCGGAUCCUGGGCGACGCCCCUCACAUGGAACACGCAGGCAGUGACGUUGCAUUGACCAUCAGCAGCGGAUGUUUAAGGAUCAGCACGCUCGAAGGCAGCGCCGUCGUUGCCUGUCACGACAUGCCCAACAUUUCCUUUGCUUCCGGCGGAGAUCCCGAUACGCUGGAUUUCGUUGCCUACGUGGCCAAAGACAACAUUUACGGCCGUGCGUGUUACGUCCUCGAAUGCGGAGGUGGAUUGGCGCAGGACGUCAUUACAACCAUCGGCCAAGCAUUCGAAUUGCGUUUUAAGGAAUAUUUGAAACGAACGCCACGCCCGGCUGGAACUGAAUCUGUUCUCGACGGACGCGAUGUAGUUGGAACUGCUAGCGGACACAACAGCGCCGGAGCGGCUCCUCCCCCAUGGUCGCCUGAUGAUCCCGAGUAUUACAAUGAUUUGCCCGGUAAAGUACCGCCGGAUGUCGGACCACCUCCAGUUCCACCACUGCCCAAUUAUCAGGCUCCAUUAGGAGGAGGACCGGUAGCCACUGGAACGGCUGGAACAUUGAAGAAAUCAUCGGCAGGUCAUCAAGCCAGUGAUCGAUCGCGCCACACUGUCGAUCUUUCUGACAACUUGAUCGAUCUGAACGCCGACGUGUCGUCAAUGGGCCGAACGGAGAGUGGCCUUGCCGGAUCGACAUCUGCCGGAUUAAGUGGCGGUGGAAACGUGAGCAGCGCGGUUGUUGGCGGCAAUGUUGCCGGCCUGUCGCCUUUUCCCGAUCACGAGUACGUCAACGGCAUUAUGGGAUCGAGCAGCGAUUUCAAAAACCCUCCCGUCAACAAAGAUCCAUUCGAUAUGCAUCCAUUCUCAGCCACUCUUCCAUCGCCGCUGCCUUCGGCUCUGCUGGCUCCUAAUACUGGAACACUUGGGGCUGGAUCGGGCCGACCCGUUGUCACCCUCCAGCGAGUAGCUACCAAAGCCGGCAAAGUCCGUGUAAGCCCGUUCGAGGCUCAGUUGCUUCAAGAGAUUUGGUUUCACGGACCCAUCAGCCGCAAAGAGGCUGAAGAUCUUUUGAAACAAGAUGGGGAUUUCUUGGUUCGCGAAUCACAAGGCUCUCAAGGCCAGUACGUGCUGACAGGAAUGCAAUCCGGCCAUCACAAACAUUUGCUGCUGGUUGAUCCCGAAGGCGUCGUUCGCACCAAAGACAGGACAUUUGAAAGCGUUAGUCAUUUGAUCAACUUCCACCGGAACAACGUUCUGCCCAUCAUUUCGGCCGAGAGUGUUCUACUGCUGAAGAGACCUGUUCCGCGUGCGCAUCACUCAUGAGAAAUGGGAGACGAUGUCUUUUGUGUCACUCCUACCCCGGCAUUUGUUCUCCCUAAUAACUUCACAAGUAUACUAGCACUCCGCCCGGAUGUCAUGCCAUCACGCACCGAAUUUCUGUCGAUUUCUGAGAGCUCCAAGAGAAGGCGCACAGAUCCGAUGCGAAACCACUCGGAAGCUUGUUUUUUUCCUUCCGCAUUUUCUUCAGCACGUACGCACUUGGAAACGCUUCUUGUACAGUAGGAAAGACAACAAAGGAAUGGAAAACAUAUCUUUGGACGCGAUCUGCGUCAAGCCUCCUCUCUUUCUCUCUUUCGUCAAUCAUCAGUUAUUGUUAUUAUUAUUAUAAUUUGUUUUCUUUUUGGAAGGGAAGUUAUUGUUACGAUUAUUCUUAAUUCAUCUUUUUGACGUAGAAAUGAGGGACUCGCCAGCUCUUUCUCUAAGAGGUCUUUUCUUAUUUAUAUUUAAAAAAUAAUAAUAAUAAUAUUUCAUCCCGGGGUGGAUGUGGGGAGAGAAAAGGAGCAAAGUAGAAGAGGCCAUCGAGCGUAACCACGCACAGAGACGAAUUGGAUUGCUCACGUUCUCUUCGUUUCCCAACUUUUCCGCUGUUAUCAAAGAUGCUUUAUUAACGCUGUUGCUCGUCUAACUCGUAUAUAUGUAUAUGGAAGCCAAUGACAUCGUCUCCACACAAGGAAAUUGGAAUGUGGUUUGCGUUGGCGCGCGCACACGCACGCCAAGCUUUUACAGCCCAAUUUUCAUCCCGUUUUCCCUUUUUUUUAUCGUUUUUUUUUCUUUCUUUCUUGUUGUAGAUAGAUAGAUAACUCCCCAUCAAUUUAGUUGGAUAGUGGAGGGAAAUGGAAAGUGGAUUUCGUCGUCUUCAUCAUGCCCCGCGGGGGAAGAAUAAAGUCCACUAUCCUCCCCCGCACACUUCAAUUGUGCAUAAUAUCGACCACCUCGUCUCCUUACAAUUCGACGUCAUGGCGUCACCUUUUGCUGUGUUUGACGUGGACCGUGGGAGGUUCCUCUCCUUUGCCCGUGUUCACUGGGGAGGCCGUCAUUCUAUAUCUUCUUCCCACGCAAUCAAAUAGAACGCCAUGGUUGUUGAAUUGUUGUUAUUAUUGUUGUUGUGUCGGUUGGUGCUCGUCGCACGCCAUACAUUUUCGGUUUAUUUGUGACUGUUGUUCCAAAAACCCUUUUCCUUACCUUGCGUUUCACACAGAUGUCGUGACGACGUUUGCCGUUUCGCGUGGCUGAGCUGUGGACGCUUUGGCGCCACCCAACGUCUCCAUCGGUUUCAAAUGUGGGAAAUGUUUUUGCUGUCACCAGUAAAUUGUGUCUCCUUUAACACAUGUACACAUCCCAUAUACAUAUAUACAUAUAUUAUAUAUAUAUAUAUAAUACCCAUCUAAAAAUGCCGUACGUCUAGGACUCACACAAACUUGUUCGUUUCAUGGGGAAGGAAUAAUCAGAGCAAGACAAAUCAAUUGUCUAGGAAAUGAAGGUUCUAAGUGGUGGAUGACCUGCUCCCUCGCCCCGUAUCUCCCCCGUUUCCCCGUCAUACUUUCUCGAUGCAGUUUUUCACGAAUCGUUUACACAAAAUGGAGCCCCAAAACACCCUUAAGAAUCAUAUCUUUGCGCGUCCGCCGAUCGAUGCUACGGUCGACAAAACGGGACUUUUCUGAAACAAAUAACGUACCUUUGUACUGUUUUAUAUUUGCCUUAUGUCUUACCCAUUGCUUUCCACACGCAAACAGAUAUAUUUAAAAAAGUGAAAUUUCUAGAUAAUGGAAAACCUCCUCCUCUGUCUGGUUUAUUGUAUAACGUCCAUGAUUAUGGAUUCCGUGUAGAUCUAAUCUCUUUUGUGUACUGUAUGGAAAAUAAUCAUUUUCCUCCUUCGCGUUCCAUUGUUUGUUUUUUUGUUUUGUUUUUUUUUUCUUUUCCACGAGUAUCACUACUAAGCUGGAGGGGGAAAACAAUAAAAGGAUUCGAGAAAA